GCCAAGAAAGGAGCUUCACAAAAUUUGAUCAAAUUACCCAAAUUACCCUCCUGCCGACCCCCGCUAAUUGAUAACUAUCUUCCAGAAACGAAACUUCUAAAAAAAAAAAAAUCCAAUGGCGCCAAGAAAAAGCUCUUCGUCUCACUCUCCAAUUCCAAUCGGUAAUUGCGAGGUUUUGAUUGAAGCGAACAAAUAUAGUUGCAACUCUGAACAUAACAGCCUCCAAAUCUCUAUCUCAAAGAACACAAAAAUUAAAAUCUCAGUGAGGGAAGGGAUGGAUGCAAAGUCUGUUAAUGACCAUUUGCGCUCAGAAUCUGAAGGAAAAGGUGAUGAAGAGAGAUGUUCUGCUGUAAAAAAUGAGCAUAUGUUUGCCCUUGUUAAUCCUAAAGAUGUCGAUAGUGCUACAAAAUCUUAUCUUCAGGAAGUGCUGAAGUUAUACAAUGGGGAGUUACCGACUAUGAAUUAUGCUGCAAACACAGGAAAGCAGUCUAUGUUCCUUGAGAGAUGUGUGUCGAAUGGGAAAUAUUGUACAUUGACUCUGAAGAAUAAGUCCAUUGAUGGUGUUGAGGAGGUUAUAGCUGCAAUUACUUAUCAAAUCAUCCCUGCUGACACACAGUUUGCUGAGAUCCCUCUUGCUGCUGUUAAUUCAAUCUACCAGCAUAAGGGUUUUGGUCACAUGUUGUAUAUAGAAUUGAAGAAGAGACUUCAGAGUGUUGGUAUUCGCACAAUAUUAUGCUGGGGUGACAAGGAAUCUGAAGGUUUUUGGCUUAAGCAGGGCUUUGUAUCAAUAGCAGAAGUGGACAAUAAGGGUAGAGCUCGUAGGCUUCCUAUUAAGGCUGAUAUACGUAGAGCACUGUGCUUUCCUGGUGGUUCAACCCUUAUGGUUUGUCAUCUUAGUAAGGAUAUUUCAGCUGCAGGAGAAUAUCUGCGCUUCUGUUUUCCACUAAAGCCUUAUCAGAAGUCUCAAUCCUCGGCUGCUGAUGGAUCUGGAGGUCAAAAGGGAGCCAAUAUUGGUGCGAACCAGUGUGCUUGUUCUUCACAAGUUGCAAAGAGGAAGGUUUGGGAAGCCUCAUCUUCCUCUUUGAAGACGAAAAAAGUUAAGGGAACUCAUCAAAUUGACAGUCAUCAAAAUGUCUGUCAGUUAGAUUCCAACUGGCAUAUAAUCCCAGAUAGUGACAGAUAUGGUUCUUGGCUUGAUGGAUGUUCCUUUGCUUCAACAGAUAAAUCAUUAGUGGAAGUUACACCUGGAGUUUCUUUGGCUAAUAAUUGUAUAAUAAAUGAGGCUCAAGAAGGUAGACCAAGUUGCAUGACACCGGAAGCACCGACUGCCAAAGAACUUCAGUCAUAUAAAGAAUGCUUUAGAAUUAUGUUAAUGAAUAUUGCGGAUGAUACAAAGAAAACACAUCUUAUAAAGGUAAUUGAAAACCUUGGUGGCUCUCCUACGUUUAAUGGAAGCAUAAGCACACAUAUUGUGACAGGAAAAGUGAGAAAAACACUGAAUUUCUGCACUGCUCUCUGUUCAGGGGCUUGGAUAGUUUCACCAAGUUGGUUAAAAGAAAGCUUUAGGGAAGGAAAAUUUGUGGAUGAAUUGCCUUAUAUAUUACAUGAUGAAGAUUAUGUAUUGAAGUAUAGAACUGAGCUAAAAGAUUCUGUUUUUCGAGCAAAGGCAAGGCCUGGAGCUCUGCUUAAGGGAUACAACUUCUGCAUGGCAGCUCAUGUUCAACCUCCUGUCACAACGCUGUCUGCCAUCAUAAAAUCAGCUGGUGGAAAUAUUAUUCGUGGACUGGACAAAGUAAAUGAAGCAUCAAAAACAUUCUUCAUUGCGUGCGAAGAAGACAUGGAGGAGGCACUAUCUGCUCUAAAGAAAGGAAUAUGGACUUUCAGCAGUGAGUGGCUGAUGAACUGUGUCAUGAGACAAGAUCUAGAUUUGGGGGCUCCCCAGUUUGCAGAGUCUUUGUAAGGAGACGUUAACUUACAUGGUCAAUAGGGAAGAACUGGAGAUUCCAUUUACGUGUCGCCAAUGACUUAUUGGGACGGCAUUGCAGUUUCUAGGAUUGAAAAGGUUGUUUUUAUGGCAAAAGAAUGUUCUGAUUACCUGGGAUGUAGAGAAUUUCUUUGAAAAAUAAAAAAUAAACCAAGUACUCAUGUAUGAUACUCGUUAAUUAAC